AUGGACGAAAAGUUUCUGCCGACUGCGAUCACCUUCGACGAUGUUCUGCUCGAGCCGCGGUACAGCGAUGUGGUGCCUUCCGAGGUCGACGUCUCGACCAUGCUCACCAAGCAAAUCCGGUUGAAUAUCCCGUUGAUCAGCUCGCCCAUGGACACCGUGACCGAGAGCGAGAUGGCCAUCGCCCUGGCGCAAGAGGGUGGGCUGGGUGUGAUCCACAAGAACAUGUCGAUCCAGAACCAGAGCGACGAGGUCGGCAUCGUCAAACGCAGCGCCAACGGGAUCAUCUCCGACCCCGUGACCAUGACCCCCGAUGCUACCGUCGGUCAGGCUCGCGAAAUCAUGGAACAGCACAACGUCUCGGGCGUGCCAAUCGUGGCCGACAAGAGCGGCCGUCUGGUGGGCAUUCUCACGCGUCGCGACCUGCGUUUUUUGGAGACAAAUGACCUGCCAAUCUCCGAAGUGAUGACGCGAGAACCGCUGGUGACAGCAACGGGAGCUGUAACGCUUGAGGAAGCUGAAAAGGUAUUGAUGGCAAAUAAGGUCGAGAAACUUCUCCUGGUUGACGACAACUACACACUGACCGGACUCAUUACGAUCAAAGAUAUCGAUAAGAUGCGGCGGUUCCCGCUGGCCUGUAAAGACGGGCAAGGUAGGUUGCGGGUCGGAGCCGCAGUUGGAGUACACGACUACGAACGAAUCGAGAGCCUGAUCGCCGAAGACGUCGACGUGCUGAUUGUCGAUAGCGCACACGGGCACUCUUCGAACGUUUUAGAAACCGUUCGUGAAAUCAAGAAACGAUGGGAGAUUGAUGUCGUUGCUGGCAAUGUCGCCACGCGGCAAGGUUGCCUCGACCUGAUCGAAGCAGGGGCCGACGCCGUGAAAGUCGGGAUUGGCCCCGGAUCGAUUUGUACCACCCGGGUUAUCUCGGGGGUCGGCGUGCCGCAAGUGACAGCAAUUUACCAGGCAGCGAAAGCAGCAAGUGAACACGGGAUUCCGGUCAUCGCCGACGGUGGCAUUCGCUACUCAGGCGACUUGGCCAAGGCGAUCGCCGCCGGGGCACACUCGGUGAUGAUCGGCGGCCUGUUUGCCGGAUUAGCAGAAAGUCCAGGAGAACAAAUCCUUUAUCAGGGACGAACCUUCAAGGUGUACCGCGGAAUGGGUUCCCUUGGCGCAAUGGUCAAGGGAUCCAGCGAGCGAUAUCGCCAACGGCCGGGUAAAGCCCCCGGCAAGCUCGUCCCCGAGGGAGUCGAAGGACGCGUUCCUUUUAAAGGGUAUCAGCCGCAAGCGUUCGGGAGAGCCAUCCUCAUGACAUUGCGGUCACCCAAGAAUCGCCUAACUACAGCACGGAGCAUGAUCGUGAGGGGAAUCGAUAAACGCCACCAGGGUCCUGUCGCCAUUGCGACGGCCAUUUGCCUUUCGAUCACUCUCUUCACGGUAGCCCCGGCGGCGGCCGACGAUGCGGAAGAAACCUUCCGCCGCUUCUCAAAACCAGCCGAAGUCGAAUCGGUUGAACAAGACAAUCAAUCGCAGGCAAUCGCCCGCCCCUCGGCCCGCAAAGCCCAGCGAGCCAAACUUCGAUGGAAACGCCCCGGUGUGGUUCAGCCCGCUGUGCAUGUCACCACCAACGACAGCAAGAGUGCCGUGCGUCAGGUGAAACUAGGCGACGCCGACGAACGCCAAGCUCGCCUGCAAUUGGGCGACCCGGCUCCCAGCGACGAUCUUCCCGGUUUCGGCGAGCCCUUCGGUGACGAACCGGCCACUCCGGACGAUGCCACACCGUCGGACUCCGACGACUCGAUAAAAGCCCCCGCCGAAAUCACCCCGCCGGGCGACGACCGCCUGCAAGAAAUGCCUGCGGACGCCGGCGAUCAAUUCUCCGAGCCCUAUGCGAUGGCUCCCGCGUCUGAAUCCGAUUGCCCUUCGAUCCGCGAUCUGAAACCGAUUGGUGAGAUCACCAACUCAAUCGCCCCCAAGGGCGAUCUGUUCCCGGCCGAGUGCCCGUUGGGUUCGGGACCGUUCCAACCGCGUAUGUGGGCCAUGACCACCUACACCUGGAAGGCCUCGGGCUUGUGCCACAAGCCGCUGUACUUCGAGCAGGUCUCGCUGGAGCGUUACGGUCACAGCUUCGCUCCGGUAUUGGAACCGGUGGUGUCGGGAGCCCACUUCUUCGCCACGUUGCCGAUUCUGCCUUACAAGAUGGGAAUCAACCCGCCGUGGGAGUGCCAAUACCCAUUGGGUUACUACCGCCCGGGCAGUUGUGCACCUCACAUGAUCUACCCCUUCCCGAUCAGCCUGCGGGGCGCGUUGGUCGAAGGCGGUGUCGCGACCGGCUUGGUGUUCCUCAUCCCGUAG